GUCAGUUGGUACGUUCCGCUGUACCUGAGGGGAACUCGGAGCGCAACAAACUUCCCAAUAAGCGCCGGCUCAGUUGUUCCUGGUAGGACAGUGGGCGCCCCUCCCCGUCAGUUGGUACGUUCCGCUGUACCUGAGGGGAACACGGAGCGCCGAGUUGCGGCGGGAGAAGACCAUGGAAGGGACUGCGAUUCCCGCCCUUAUAGGUUGCUUGGUCCUGCUUUCAGGGUCGUCCCAUGGAAUUCAAGUUACCGUGCAAAACCCCUUCAACGUGGUCAUUUUAUUCCAGCCAAUCACCUUAAAGUGCACUUACCAAACCUCCUCCACGCAGCCGCCAAUCGUGAUGUGGAAAUACAAGUCGUUCUGUCGUGAUCGCCUGACGGACGCUCUCAACCCGGCGAGCCAAGAUGCGCAGAUCAAUAGCCAGCUGCAGCAGAAUAACCCCGGCUUCAACCCCUACGUGGAGUGUCAGGACAGUUCCAGGACGGUGAGGAUCGUGGCCACCAAGCAAGGGAGCAGCGUCACACUGGGAGACUUCUACCAAGGGCGGAGAAUCACAAUAACCAACACCGCAGAUCUGACCAUUGAGCAGACAGCAUGGGGCGACAGCGGCGUGUAUUACUGCUCCGUUAUAUCCAAUCAGGAUCUCGGAGGGAAUAACGAGGCCUACUCUGAGCUUUUGGUACUGGACUGGCUCUUCGUCGUUCUUGUGGUCCUUGGCGGCUUCCUUGUUUUUCUGCUCAUUGGAGUUUGCUGGUGCCAGUGCUGCCCACACACCUGCUGCUGUUACGUGCGCUGCCCGUGUUGCCCGGAGAAAUGCUGCUGCCCUCGAGCAUUGUAUGAAGCAGGAAAGGCAGCUACUGCCGGAGCCCCUAGUAUCUAUGCUCCCAGUGUCUAUGCCCCAUCAAUGUACUCCCAUCCAAGCCAAGUGAAGAUACCCCCGCCAGGUUCUGUGAUCCAGAUGGGACCAGUGCCGCCCAUGUACAAUGGAUAUGGAAUGGAUUAUGAUGCAGCAAGUUCAGUGGGCGGACACAGCUCCCAGGCUCCUCUCAUUCGGGACAACGACGGCGUAACUUCUGUUCGAAGUGGCUACCGAAUCCAAGCCAACCAGCAGGACGACUCCAUGAGAGUUCUCUAUUACAUGGAGAAAGAGCUGGCAAAUUUCGAUCCGGCGAGACCGGGAGAACAGAAUAACAGAUUUGAGAAAGCUUCGGCAAUGAGUGAGAUUAGUUCUCUGCACGAUGACGAACGCAGGAACAACCUGCGAAACGACAUGGGCCGCCUACGUAACCAGGGCAUGACUCCCAUCCGGGAUGUUGAAGAGGAAAGCCUGCUUGGCAGUGAAUACAGGCGCCCCCCAUCCUCAAGGCAAGACCCAUAUGACGAUAGGUUCCGCGGGGGUCCGCCUUUAGAGAGACGCGGGCGCGCCCAUUCUGUGGAUGACCUGGACGAUUACGACAGAAGAGAUCGCUAUGCACACCGCGACCAGCCCCCUGACAACCGUAACCGCGUAAGGCGUAACUCUGACGAUGACCAUAGCAGCCGGGGCUACGGUAGAGGCAACCAAAGUCGCUCCCCUGACCCACGCGAUGAUUACUACGGAGGAAGGAGGAGCCGGAGCAGAGACGACCUGAGCGACCUAGACCGACAUCCUCGGGAUCAAGAGUACGACGACCGCUUUCUGGAGGACGUUCUGAGGAGGAAACAGCAGAGGGCAGGAAGCAGGGACGGCCUGGACAACGUCGGAAGGAACGGUCGCUCAGACGGGAGAAAGAAUCGCAAUGAUGAUGAUGGUUUCCCUCCUCCGCCACCUCCUUACACUGAAACGGAGUCUGUGUCCUCCAGAGGGAAGAAGUUGAAAAGGGGCGAAGCUUUAAGCCGCGAGAGUUUGAUCGUUUAAAUACUCAGGUAGCCGGCCAAGCCAAAGAAACUCUACCAGAAUCCUGAUAAAUUGGCUUUUUUAUGUGUAUAUACCACACAGACUUUAUUUUUUCCUUUUUUUUAUACGAGUGUCACGUGCAUUUUUACUAUUUGCAGCCAUUAUCCUGCGCUAAUGAAUUGUACAAUCAGUUUAUUGUAAACCUUCAGGUACAGAACCUUUUUUUUUUUUUAAUUUAAUUUUUUUUCUCAAAAAGUAAACAAAAAAACAACUUAUUGUGAAUACAGAGGUAUCCGCCUCUGUGCCUUGUAUUAUACUGAAUUGUAGGUAGUUGUUGCCCAGUCAUCUUAUCUCUGGGUAGAGGCUAGUCUGAAAUACACUUUUGGUUUAGGCCUUUUUUUUAUUGUUCUGGAAAUGCUCUUUGUUUACUUGUAAAUAGUAGGUUUAUAUUUAGCUCUGUUAUUAAUAAUCUAGGUAUUGGUGAAUGUCCCUUAGAUUCACUCCUCUGUGGCCUUCAAGAUCUGUGUGUGCCAGCUGUAUAUACCCGUAUAAGGCUGCAAUAUCCAGGGGGCCGGUGGCACACUGAGGGUAUAUAAGUGCGUGCCUUCUGUUAGUCCCACGGAUCUGUGGGCCCCCGGUGGGGAAGGGUUUAGCAUUAAAUCAUAAACUACUGAGUGCUAUAUCCUCCUGCUUACUGUGUGUGCAGCCUCUGCAGGGCCACUAGGUGGCGCUGUGCAGAUCCUGUAUAAGUGGGAUACACUGUCAGUUCCUGUGAUGAUUUUUAUAUAUAGUUAAGAGAACAUUUGCACAAGCAGUACUCCAUAAUUUCUCAUGAUAAAACUGUACAUUCAUGUCACCGUGCCCUGCCUACUGAAUAAAUGAAUUUUCCGUAUCA